CCUCUCUCUCACUCUUCCUCCUGCUUAAGAUGACUGUCUCUGAAGUGGUUGAUGGAUUUAAAGGAAGAUGACAUCAUUGUGUUUCUUUACCUGUCUGUGUGUCAACAUCUUCUCUACAGUGUGGACAUUACAGAUGCAAUGUUAUCAGUGUGAGGAGACAUUGCUGAAUAAUGAUUGUUCUGCUGCGACCUUCAUUGUGAACUGUACAGCAAACAUUCAGGACGCGUGUCAGAAGGAGGUGAUGGAGAACACACACGGUGUGUAUUACCGGAAGGCGUGUGCGUCCUACACCACGUGUCUGAUCGCCUCAGCGGGGUAUCAGCGCUUCUGCUCUCCAGGGCGUGUGGGUUCUGUGUGUAUCAGCUGCUGUAACACCCCUCUGUGUAACGGGCCACGACCUCCACACACACACUCUACAGCACACACACACACCUACACACACAGCCAAAUCCUCCUCUCCGUCCUCACGCUGACCGCUGUGGCCCCGCCCACCCUCACACCCUGACAGGAGGCGGAGUCACGUCUCCAAACUGGACCGUAUUUCAAAGGACAGAAUCAGCGCUGGAUGAGUUUAUACACAGAGGUGACGCACAGCACCGCUCACGUGACUCCACUCAGAACCACUCAAAUAAACCACGUGAUGGAGAAAAACAACGUUUUAAUAAAGAUACAAAUUAAAAUAUAUCCCAGUGUU